UCCCCACAAACCAGGGAGCGUGGAUGGUUCCUAAAAUGGCGGCGGUUUCUGUCAGUGUGGAGUGAAACUUUCUUCUUUUUAGCGAAUAUUAGGCGCUUUUCAGGCUCGUUUUGUCAACUGGGCUCGUGUAUUCAGUGACAUAACAUUUACCGGGACCCAGAGGCGUUUGGCUGAGGUAAUUCGGGCCGACUGGUGUCACCCUGGGCUCCGUAUUUGAUCGUCAAACCGCCGGGCUUCCCUCGAAGUUCACGGCGUCUGAGAGCCUGGCUGACAUUGCGAUCAUUCCGACUGUUGUUGUCAUCGGAUCGCUCAACGCGGAACCGUCGGCGAACACGAGACCUCUCUGUGUAGCUAGCUAGCCUAUCGAGCCGGCGGAGCGGGUGAGGUUAGGUCUAAGAUCCUGAGGCCGUGUCACGUCAGCUGUCAGUGGACACCGAGGCGCUGUUGGAUGUCACGACGGUGCAGUGUCAGGCGGGAUUUGGUUUGCUAGCAUCGUACAGCCACUCUGGCAAAUCAAAUGGAGAAGCUCCAGGACCUGAGCCAAUCAGAGCUACAGGAGCUUCUGGAUAACCCGGAGAGGGUGGAGUCUAUGGCCCUGGAGUCCGACGAGAUCCAGAACAUUCAGCUGGAGCGAGAAAUGGCGCUGGCAUCAAAUCGCAGCCUUGCUGAGCAAAACCUAGACAUGAGGCCUCGUCUGGAGUCACAGAAGGAGGGGCUGGUGGAGAGAUACUCUCAAUUAGAGGCCGUCAGAGUCACCUACAGACAGCACUGCUCCCUGAGAGAUGGUAUAGUGGGUCAGGUGUCUCCAGAGGCGUUGUUCUCCAGACUACAGACAGAGGGCGGCAAAACAGAGGCAGAGUCAGAGGUUCUAGCUGAUGAGUUUCUGGAGGGCUCUCUUCCGCUUGACUCUUUCUUUGACCGUUUCCUCUCCCUGCGCUCCCUCGCUCACAAAAGACGAGUACGGAUAGAGAAACUCCAGGAGAUCCUGCGGCAGAGGAGCGAGGGCAAUCCCUCCACCAUGACAUCAUCAGCAGGCAUCAGCCAGGAUCCUGCUGCCACGCCCUCACCGUGGAAUCAACAGACGACAACUACAACAACAACAAAUCAGCAGCAGCCGAACUCCAACCCUCAGUCCUCCAGUUACCAAAACGCAUCUCAGCCGGCCUCCUCAUCUGCAGGGUGCUGCCCCGGCCUACCCUACAGUCCAUACCCUGUUUCCCCACCCAAUGCCCCCCCUGCAGCAGCAGCAGCAGCAGCAGCAGCAGCCUCUGGCCCAGCCAAUCCACCAUCACAAUUCUCUCCUUACCCAGGUUCCGGCUCACCUUACGGCCCCAGGCCCACUUUUGGGCCUCCGGCAUCAGCCACCUGCCCUUACCCUACUCAGCCCUCCUUCCCUGCACCACACCCAGGCUCAGCAUUUGGCCAGUACACCCCAAGUCACCCCCAGAGUGGCCCUGCCCCCUACCCGGCCUCCUACAGCUACGGCGGCUACAGCUACCCUGCAGGGGCCCCCUAUUCCAAUUCUCAGUCACCAACGGGGCGACCCAUCUACAGACCAGGAUAUGGAGUUCCACAGCCAUACUCCUGAAAGCACGACUGCUCCUGUGUCUCAAUUUUUCUUCUCAAUUCCUCCCUUCUUUACUGUCUCCCCCUUAUUUUCUUCCCUCCCUCCCUGAGCUCUCUAUCCCCUUACCCAAAGUCCUUGUCCCCUUCUUGUCUUUUUACCUUUUCUACCCCCCCUUCCUGUCUCCCAUGCUCCCAGAUUCAAGAAGUGUUGCUUUACUUAUCUUUGUUGCACUAUUUCUCUCUUUCUCUGAAAAUCAGUCUGUUGAUAUCUGUCUUUCUCUCUUUCCUCUUCCCUUUCUCUGUCACCUUACUUCCCCCCCACUCCCCCACACUAGUCUCAGGUUGUUACGUUGUCUUAAAAUGUUAAAAAACUUGUAUCUGUCCCUUCAUACACUCCCUCUCUCCACCCACCCACCCAUUCUCCCCUUCCAUGUCAAGUGUGUGUGUUGCUAUUGGGCAAUCAGAAAGACCUUAUAAACACACAAGUCUACUCCCCUUGAGACAAAUGCAUGACAGAAAUCGGUCUUUGUAACAAGACAUCAGUUUCCAGUAACCGUCCCAGUUUCACCUCCAUAGGGCUCAUACAAAGCAGUUAAAAUGGGAAAGUGAACGGCUGGCACACAUUAUGGCUCUUAUACUAGGUUAAUUUAAGGACAGGGUUUCGAGGGAAUCAUUUUCUCGGCUUUUGCUGCCUCAUUUAUUAGCUCUUCCACACACUUAGCUACUCCAAACAUAAUUGUGGCAGGUGAAUGUCAUUAUUCACACUGACACAAGAAUCAUCUGUAACCCUUUAUUUUCUUUAACCAAAGAAGAAGACUUUACUUUGUUUUGUCUGAUUUUUUUGUUGACAGAGGCUGUUUAAAGCAGCAAACUCAAACAUCACUGUGAAGCCCCAGAGAGACUGUGUGGAGAUAAAGUGACUGCUCACAGAAGAUAGAAUAGCAGAACCACUGGAGAGAACAACAUUUGUGUAACAAGGUUAUUUUUCUCUCAUCAUCAUCUCACAAAAGAGAGAGAUUAAAAAACCUCUCAGAUGUAAAGGAACCUAUCAGAUCGUAGCGGGGGAAAUAUUUAUUUGUAUCAUUGAUUGAUGUGUCCUGGCCGCGUGUGUACCAUAUCUCUGUAGAGCAGUUCAUGCUCUGACAGAGGACCUUGAAUUAAACUCAGUUUAAUCAGAGCUGAACUCUGUCCAGACAGGAUGCUAUUGGUCAGUGGUGCAAAUGUGUGUUUCCCAGUUGAACUGUGAGCCUUGAUACUGCUGUUCCUACAGCUCAGACUGGCAAUAACAGAGUGCUGUGGCUCCAGUGUCAGCUCAGCUUGUAUUCAUGUUGUGCAGGAGAGAUGGUAACUGUUACAAUAAAUGUCUCACACUAGAGUCUCAUUCCAGGACUUGACAGGAUCUGAGCGAGAGCUACUGAGCAGCCUCAACAGCAGGUUUGGAAAUGACCCCAGGUCUAUUUUAAACCAUACAUUCUAAGCCUCCAUGUGCUUUCCACAGGGCAUGCUAGUCCUACAUUCAAGUGUGCAGUGUCCCCCCUCUUGUAGGUCUUUGUUUGAGCUCUACUGGCCUCUGAGAAAAAACAUGAUCACACAGUGCUAUCUAUGUGACUUGCGCUGGUGAGCAGGCAGUCGAUAGAGGCUUUAUCAGACCCUUUUCUCUCAAUGCUGCUGCUGCUCAAAACAAGGCUGAUGAGAUUGGAGUUUGGUUGGAAAGACUAAACACAUUAUGCUAAAAUAGGUUUUUUGAAAGACAUCCCUGAGUUGAGUAAUAAGCAGAGUAAUAAUGCUAAUCCACUGUCAGUUUUGAAAAAAUAACUGUUGCAGUUUAAGGUAAGAGAACGUUUGUUCAAAACCUAAAUACAGCGUUUUAAACAAACCUUUCCUUCCUUUCGGCAGCGAGUUAAACAUUUGGAGCCUUCUCUACAGUCUCCUUUCCUUUACCCAGAUAAAGAUGGCAACUGGACAUGAGGGGAGCUUUUUAUUUUCAGUCCUUAGUUGUCUAUGGUGCCAUAUCUUUUAUAUAUUUAGCUAAUUCCAUAAAAAUAACAAGGCACAGAGGGAGCUCUGACACAUGUUUGUACCAUUUUACAGAAUGUGAUGGUGUGGAAGACAGAUGCUUGCUACAUGUUAGGUUGUCCACCUGUCCAAUAUACAGUACUGUUUAUUGGGCAGGUGCAUUAGACAUUGCAAUCCCCACUGAUACAUGGUGUCAUUUAAUGCUAGGAGACAGAAAAAUGAAAAAGUAUUCUGUGUAUUUGAGGUGUUAUUAGUGAAAUAUAGAUUGUGUGAUUGAUAUGUAGGGGGAGUCACAGAAUACCUGAGACAAUGAUACCUGCUGCUCCCCCCCCCCCCCCCCCCCUCAGCCUCACCACAUUGUCUGUCCACUCCUCCUCUCCAUCACUCUCCAUCACUCUCCAUCACUCUCCAUCACUCUCCAUCACUCUCCUCCUCCCCAAACCUUCUUGUUGAACAUGAACUGAUGCUUGACAAUGAUUAUCAGAAGAAAAAUGUUUUAUUUCUACUAAUUCACACAAAACAAGUGUUUUGUAUAGAUUAAUGGAGAGAGAAGAUGUAAAGUUGGCGUUCAGUUCUGUGUCAAAUGAAUCAACUCAAAUAAUAUCCCCUGGAACGGCAAUCUAGGUAACGGAUGAGUGAUCAUUUAAUGACGUUUUAGAAGUUGAUACCACCUGUCUAAAGUCUAUACACUUCUGAAUGACCAUCAAACUAAUCAUGUUUGAUUGGUUUUACAUUUCGUCUCAGCUGUAUUAUACCAUACACACUGGUUGCUGCAAAAGUUUCUGAAUAUAACAGCUUUCCUUCUGGUUGAAUGACACCAGUUGUAUGUUGAAGUGAUUGAAUUUAAUAUAAAUUUGCCCCAGCCUCUAAAAUACUGUACUGCUAUUAACACUUUUAUUAACACUAGUGCUUUUAUGUCUACAAAAGCAGAAGAAGGGAAUCAUUGAAGGGAGCUGGAACUGUGCGCUAAGACGAGAUGGUAAAGACAACGGCAGUAUUGCCACAAUAGUUAUUGGCUUAACAUGCAUAGCAACACAUCUUCUAUCAGCAAGUACAUUUUUUCCAUCAGGACAAUGAAGGUCAGAGAUUGUUUAUCAAAGAAUUUAGACUCUUUUGUCAGAAACAACUUUACACUGCUGAAGUACUUAAGAUGUCCCAGUUGCAGUAUCACCUUAGGUGGAACAGUGAGUCGUUCAUGACAGUGUCUUUUCUGUCACUGAAGUUGCUUGUGUUCUAGUUUAUUGACCAUAUCCCCAGAUCAAUUUAAAAUAAUUGAUAUAAAACCGCAAAGUGCUCAUAGAUAUUUAAUUUAAUGUCCCAGUUGAACAGAUGUCAGAGCUGUGUCAUUCCUCAUAUUUAUGUCUGAUAAAAACAUGACGCAUGGCUCCACUUUAUGUCUCUUCAUAUUCAGAGCUUCACUUGAGUGCGUUCCGUGAAAAAUGAAAGCAUUAGUUUGAAGAGGACAGUGGACGAUUCCUACAGAUCACUAAACAAGAUGGUACUAUAAAAGCCUUCAUGUGGCAAAUUUUUUGAUUUCCUUGUAGAUCACUGAUAAACUAGCUGCACUCCCACACAGUGUUGCAGCAGAAAGGCUGUGACACAUGGGUGGAUGUUUGGGCCAAACCGCCACGUGCUGAUUAACGCAUGCUGUGUUCACACCAAACGCGAUGCUCUACUUUCACAAGAUGAGAUUACAUGUAAAGACCCAAAGAAAUUACAAUUUCAAAUCACUUGGGACAGGCAACACAAAGAGGCAAAAUACAUGCGAUUCUCCUCAAGGCCUGGGCAUGUGUACACAAAUGUUCAAUUCCAAUCAGUGAAUUAAACAAACAUUUGUUUCCUGUGGCAAGGAAAAAAUUGCAGUUUGGGUUCACAGGGGCUUCUAUUUUGUUAUAUGUAACCGAGCCCCGGAGUUUAAAUAUUUAAAUUUGAGCAAAAUAAAAGACGAUGUGUUUGAAAUGCCAGUCGGCAUUGAGAAUGUAAACUCAACAUGUCAUCAAAAUGGCCCCUGGUCUGCCUCAGUUAGCGCUGGAAACAGCAGACAUCCAGACAUCUAAAGGUGAAGAUAGUUGCCGAUCUGUGUGCGCCUCCUGGUGGUCUUGUGGUUCCAGACACGAUGACGCUGGCUUUUCCAGUCGUUCUCCUCUCCCCUUUUUCUCCCAGAACAGGAGAAUGUACAAGGGUUGUGUUUACUUGCAUUGGUCAAGUAAGUAGCGCCUGUAAACACAGGUGAUGCUGCGGCCAAACUUGCGCCAGUAAUACAACGUGAAAAACUGCUUGUCAUUUUGUGAGAACACAGCAUAAAGUGAAGAAGUCUUAUUGCCUCAGAAUAAUUGUAGUUUACCACAAACCAGUCUUUUUAACAGAUUAAUAAACUGUAACUAAGGCUCUACUUAUGGUUAAUAAUAAUACUAAUGCUUAAUAAAUGAGUUUGUUAUGAAAUCUUAUAAGUUAGAGGUUUUAAAAUAAAAACAACAAAAAUCUCUUGACAGUUUCAGCUCCUCAUGUAGCCAUCGCUCAGUUUGUAUGUGAAGGUCUGCAGACUCCUUUCAGACUGGACCUUUAUUAAAUCAGGUUUCACCAUUACAAUUUACGGAGUAAUUGUCUUAACAAGGAGAAACUUUAGCCAUGUGUGCAAAGAGCACUGUCCAAUAAAGAGCGGUCAUUUGUGUAAACGGGAAGUCACUGAAGCAUUGAGCGCUAUGUCCUGGAUCCAAACAUUAAAAUUCAACUUGAACUGUCUGUGUCGUAUCCCUGUCUGCACAGAUGGUGACAGCUGAGUGUUUCAGAGUUCCCAGUGAUGAUGCAGAUUAGAAAGAUCUACUUAACAUAGUAUAAUAUAAUAUUUGGUAAAUUGACGUAUUUUACAGUACAUUGUAUUUGUAAAAUGUGAUUUCAAAUCUCAGAUCAUAUCAGAAUUGAAUUGUCUGGUCCAACUGGUGAAAGUGCCCAUAUUUUGGCCGAUAACAUUUAAAUUCUGGGCUCCAUUAGAAUAGAUUUACAUACACAUUCAUUGUCUCAUACUGUCAACUACUGCACCAGUUUUAAUUAUUGGUCCUUCUCCAAAAAAGCCCAGUCUUCUGUGGUUUGUCUGUUGGCCCACUGUUGAUUGGUCAGUUGCUAAGAACAUGUUGGAAAUUAAACAGCCCCUAUGCUCUUACUCAGAGGCUUCCUGAUCAGCUCUAUCUAUUCCCAAAUAAUUGGUAAAUGAUUGGUUAACCUUUAAUAAGCCAUUCGAUACCAGUUAUAAACAGCCUUACUAGACUUUGUUCACCAACAUUCAUAAAUAAACAUGAGAUCUAAAAGCAGGUCCGACAGAUAGUCUGGCAGCAUAGUGCAUGUGAAUGUGCAUGCACCACCUGAAGCCCCCACCUCCUCACAGUGAGGACACUUGUGUGUUUAUCUGCCUGCAGGAAACCAAGUGCAUGAAGAAUAUAAUACCUUUUUCAUGUCCUGUUACUGGACCGCUACUCACAUCAUUUUCUUUACUUCUGCCUACUCGGUUUUAUUCCAGUCUUACCAUGUACUCACCACACACACACAGACACACACACACACACACAUAACGGCACUGUCCCAGCUGGCUUCAUUCGGCUUUGCAUCCGCACAACAAGACGACUCCGCUCCAUAUGAAGAUACUGAAAUACUCUGAGCAUGACGAGCUCUUCAUGACCGUCUUUAAGAGCUGAAUGAUGUAGUGGGUUUGUACUGAGGAACUUCGUGUGUCCCACAGAGACGCUGACAGUCAUAAUAUUAUUACAUUGUUUUAGAAGAAGCACAAGGGAGAUGUUCUAUUAUAGCCUAGUAUUAAUAUUAUCCAGAGGGAAAUAACAUUCAGAUGGGUGUAUCUUUUCCGAUACUGAGGAAUUAUAUGAUGAUUAUGAUGACUAGAUUGUUAAAGAGCCUUUUUGUAUUUUGUUCUCAUUCUUUGGGGGUUGUGAAUAAUUAAACUGAAGUGGAUCUAAGUUAAAA